AUGGACCGACUAGUGGACGAGCAGCUUCGCUGGGAAGAUAGGUUGGUUAGGUUCAACCUCUCGGUUGAGAUUAACUUUGAUACGAGUGGCGAGCCUCCUGCACAGAGUCCUCCUGCUGAUGCUAGUGUCCCGACACCAGAGGCGGAGCCGGCCACUGAGGAUGCCCCUUCUACCAACAAGUGGUUCCUGCAGAAGCUUGGACAUGAAGGUCUCUACAAUUUGUUGAUGGCAUAUGAGGAUAAGUCAGCUUAUGCAUUGUGUUCCUUCUCUUUUUCCACUGGACCUAGCGUUGAGCCUAUUACAUUCCUGGGUAAAACUCCGGGGAAAAUAGUUCCGGCAAGGGGACCGACUGAUUUCGGAUGGGAUGCAAUGUUCCAACCUGAUGGUUAUGACCAAACUUAUGCCGAGAUGCCAAAGGAAGAAAAGAACAGGAUUUCUCAUCGCUCCAGAGCUCUUGCACUGGUGAAAUCUCACUUUGCUGAAGCUGGGUACACUUUCCAGACUAACUCUCUGUAGAGUGAAUUUUCCUUAUCUUGUUGCAACAUAAGACGCUUCCAAAGUAUUGCAAGUUUUUUUCUCGUACUAGCAGUGUUUCCAGUUCCCUAUAGGAGAAGAUAGUGUGGAGGAACAGCUUUCUCACAUAUGCUGUAAACUUUUAUAACAUUGAUUACACAUUUCAGACAAAAGUAUUUAUGAACUAGAUAUGGAAAAAGAAUAACUCUAUUUCGAACCAUUGGAUUUGUACUAGUUCUGUUCUGCCCCA